AGCCCGGGCUCGAGCUCCUCGCGGCGGGGUUGGCGCGCCGGCCCGAUGGCGUCUGCGGCGUACGGCGAUUGCGGCGCAGCCUGCGAGGCGAGCUCGAGGCAGCCGGCCGCGGAGCAGACCGACGGGGACAGCGCGGGCCUCGCGACGGAGGGCUGCCGGCAGAGAGGCCCGCACUUCCGCGGCGAGACCGGCGCGGCGGAGAGGCCUCUGGAAACUGCGAGCAGCGGCGACCUGAGGUACGAGGGGUUCAUGUUCCCUCACAAGCUCGACCGCGGGUGCCUCGAGGAGGAGGAGAAGGAUGACGACUCUUCCGACGAGGACACGGACCCGCCAGAGUCUCAGUGGGGUCUCAGCUUCCCGCAGUCCCUCAUGAAUGCCGACUGCGUCCUCCCGAAAGACCCAGUGGAGCGGGAGAAGUGGGUGAACCGGGGGUGGAGAGCAGCUCAAUGUUGUGGCGGCACGUUGCUGGUACUCGCGCUGAUCUUCGACGAGAUGGACUGAGCACAGCGGGGUGUCUGAUUCGGCUCUGCUUUGGGUUCGGGUCGGUCAGGGAAACAGAGUGGAGUUGGAGAAGGCACGACCCAUGUGCCCCGCUUCGGGAUGCUGAGCCGUCCGUGGCGCUGCAUGUUGCAGUUUGCUCUUAUGAACAUGCCCCCCGCAGCGCACCGCGCAAUUCUCUGUGUGGCCCAGAGCCCUGAGCAGGCUUGGCCGCGCGGCGCUGGGGAAGCUAGCCGCCAGGUGCGGACCCUGUGGCGGUGCUCUCCCACGUGAGGAGGGAGGGAGACCCGUGCACCUGCAUUUUCCCGACGGCUGAGGCCCGCGCCAGGCGGCCGGCGGAGGCGGCCCUCGUUCUUUCUUGUAUGCGUUUCCCCGUGGCCGCGGGCGGCGUGCGCAGAGCAGCGACGCUGGCCCGGCCCCGGCGGUGCCACCGCAGCCGGAGGGGGGGGGC